AUGGCGUCUAUCUUCACCUACGAUCCCGACCCUCCGCGGGUUUCUUCGCCAUGGUCCACAUCCGGGUCCUCCACUCCACAGCAAGCCGGGGGCGGCGGUACCCGCAUGGUGAUUCGGAACCGCUCCAACGCGAACCUGGACCGGACCGACGCCGACGUUCUAUCGGACUACGGUAUCACCAAGCUGGAGCCAGAACCCCAGGAAGGACCCACGGAGUACAAAUUGCAUCUGCUGCUACGCUCGCGACGAUACUACGCGUCAGUAUCCACCGGCCACCUCGUCGGUGGUUCGUAUCAUUCCCGCGCAAGUUUGUCGACUUCGGGUCCGACGCCUUCCAGCUAUGAGUCGAAUCCAAAGCUUUCUGGAAACCGCUCGACUCUCAGUCGUCAGCAGCGCUUACAAUCCCUGACGACGCAGCUGUUAUGGCGUCUGCAGCAGUCGUCGCCUUUCCAUUCCUCUACAGCGGCCAACCUUGUGCUGCCGGUUCUUCCAGAUGCUACAGACCUUCUAGGGGCUCCUCAGAAACCAGCUCGUUUGCUUCCUGGUCUCGAGGAAAGUCAGGGGGCUUUGUAUGAGAUUGGCGUUGCCGACGACGGAACCUUCGUCGGGCUGGCUCACGAUGAGUUAGAGGAAAGUCUGUCUAAUCUGCAGGCCAUGGCUGCAAGCCUAGGUUGUAAGGUUGAGGUCCUCCGUCGCGUUAUUGUGGGUAAAUGCGAAUGGACAGAAGGUGUUGCUGCGAGUAAUGUUCAUGAGGAUGAGAACGUCCACACUGGAGAUCUGUGGGUGGCCGAAGCAUUGGUGAGUCCGGACUGGGACUUUUACAAGGUACCGUCGCCCAGGAGAGGUUCUGGGGGAGACAACUCUUCAUCAGUCGAAGCUGGGCAGACCACUUCACAGGAAGGCAGCUUCUCGUCGACGGAGCAGAUUCGUGUCUCGAUUUCUGGGCCAAGCACUGCCGGGAAAUCAUCACUCCUGGGGACUUUGACCUCGUCCGUGCUGGAUAAUGGCAGAGGGACUAGCAGAUUGAGUCUCUUGAAACAUCGCCAUGAGAUAUCGUCCGGCAUCACCAGUUCUGUCGCCCAUGAAUUGAUUGGAUACGCUGCCGACGUCCCAUCUGCCGAGGAGGUCAAUGUUAUAAACUACGCGUCAGGGAAUGUCGCAGCAUGGGAUGAUGUGCAUGCGGCUGCGCAAAGUGGCCGUCUUGCUUUCGUUUCGGAUCUUCCAGGCUCAGUCCGCUAUCUGAAGUCUACAUUGCGAGGGUUGAUCAGUUGGGCGCCUCACUAUGUUUUACUGUGCAUCCCCGCUAACUGUGAGGAUGACGCCUCGUCGGAGUCAAACAAUAGUGCUACGGAGCAAACGACUGAUAUCAGCUUGGCCUUGUCGCAUCUUGAACUGUGCGUCAAAUUGGACGUGCCCAUAAUCGUGGUGAUCACUAAGAUGGAUCUCGCCUCUCGUACGAGCCUGAGAAACAAUCUCACCAGAGUGCUCUCCGUGUUGAAAACCGCCGGCAAGAAGCCUGCCAUGCUCCCUGCACAGCCAAACACAUCGGGUAAGACCGUGGAUCUACAGCACAUAGAGCCGAAGGACAGCCAAGAAGUCCGAAGGAUUAUACAUUCCACCGACAAUUGGUCAUCUGUCGUGCCUAUUGUUCUUGCGAGCGCUGUCGAUGGAACGGGUAUUGGAAAGUUGCACGCAUUUCUUCGAUAUCUUCCAAUCCCUACGCGACCUCCGCUCAGGUCCAUCUCGAUCCCAAGGUCAUUACCAGCCACCCAUCUUCCCGCCAAUGUUUUCGACAUUGACGAGGUUUUUGCCAUUCCUCCGUCUAAGGUCUACUCUGCUUCUGCGGACCAUCCUCGAAAGGAAAAUCAAGGCGUCGUUCUGUGUGGACUGGUCCGUUACGGAGCGAUCUCUGUCGGGGACGAGCUAGUCAUUGGGCCGCUACUGACCAAUACCUUUGUCGAUCAAGGGGUUCAGAGGAGAUCAGAGCCACGGUCAGAAAUGCACACACACCAUGAUUUUGCUCAGAGUAGGCCACCGUCGCAGGAGUUCUCAGCUUCUUUCGUCCAAAAUAUUGUACCCGGGAAAACCACUUUCCCAACCCAAGCACAAUGGCAGCGCGUUCGUAUUGCCAGCGUCAGAAAUCUGCGGUUACCGGUCCAGAAGCUGAUCCAGGAUCAAGUGGGCACGGUCGGAGUCGAGCCUCUCCCUUCUCAACCGAAGGAGCGAUUGCCGCGACUCGGCAAAGUUCGUAAGGGCACUGUCUUAGCCAGCUUAAACAAGACAUCCAGCUCUAUCCCCAAGUCUCUGUUGUUCCAUACCGGCUUCGUCGCUAGCUUUGCAUCGAGUGAGUUCGCUUCUUCGCUCUCGCCUCCGUUGCUUCUUGGUGGCAAUGCCAUUGUAUACAUUGCCAAUAUCCGCUCCACAGUGAAGGUGACAUGCAUGGCGCUGGCCGAGGAUGAGAUUGUUUCAAGACCACCGUCACCAACCGAGCUUGAGUUCUUCAACUUUGACGGUGACGCUGACCGGGAAGGAGAUGGGGGGUCCGAGGUGAAUGACAUGGUCCGUGCCUCUCGAGCAUCAUCUCAAGAAGACGUGAAGAUAACAUUUUCCUUUGUCACAUCGGUUGAGUGGGUUGAAGUUGGGUCUCGAGUGCUCCUCAUGCCCGGGGCUUCGGUCGCAUUAGCCUCUGCACAGGAUUCUGUGACACCGUCGGGCCUCGAGGGCUUUGUUGGAAGGGUGUGUGACGUGCUUUAUUCUGAAUCUUCCACUGCGUAA